AUGUUUGCGAGAUUUCAAGCAAGGCUAUUUUCAAAUGCGUCCAAGAUCGCGUCCGUGUCUCAGCCUAUCAAUCGGAUUAUCACCGUAGAAUGGACAGAUGGUAUGAAGGGAAGAUUCCCUGUGAUAUGGUUGAGAGAUUGUUCGCCGGAUCCUGUCACCUACUCAAUUGGACCUGCAAUGAUAGCAAGGAAUUUAACGAUGAACGAAUUUGAUGUGGAGCAGUCACCGAAGUCGGUCCGUUUAGAAAAUGAUCAGCUCGUAAUCGAUUGGGAGGAUAGUCAGUCGAGAUUCGAUUCAGGCUGGUUACGUACACGAAAUCCGUCGGAUGACGAAGCGGCAAGUCUGAGGCGGAAGGUGUACUUGUUCCCCGAGCGGACAUGGGGAAAGAACGAAAUCGAGGCGAGGCUCAAGAGAUUCGAUCACAACGCGGUAAUGAAUGAUGAUAAGACCCUUCAUGACUUUCUCGAAGCAGUAUGUAUGGACGGCAUAGCUGUAAUCAAAAACGGUCCCAUUGGGACCCGACGCGCUGUUCCUGAUAUCGGCGAGAGGAUCGGACUCAUACACAGUACUCAUUUUGGAAAAGUCUUCGAGGUUACCACAAAACCAGAUGCAAGCAAUAAAGCGUAUGCUUCCGAUGGAGGUCUUCCAUUUCACACAGAUUUCCCCUCAUUAUCUCAUCCACCGCAGCUUCAAAUGCUUCAUAUGAUUCAACGUGCCGAGGAAGGCGGAAACAAUUUGUUCGUCGAUGGUUUUCAUGUCGCUGAGCAGCUUCGCCGAGAAAAACCGGAUGUAUUCGAGAUUCUCAGCAAAUAUUCGCUUGAAUUCAUAGAAGAGGGUUACGAUAUCCACGAUGGACCGGAUUCCACUCCGAAAAAAUUCGAAUACAACAUGUGCGCUCGCCAUCGUACCAUCAAGCUGAAUGAAAAAGGUCGAGUGAUCAAAAUCCAGUUUGGAAACGCUAUGAGGAGUUGGUUCUACGACUGUAAUCCAGAGCGAAUUCAGGAUAUCUACAGAGCACUUAAAACAUUCACGGACUACUGUUAUCAGGAUAGAAACGUCCUGAAAUUCGCCUUAGAAAAUGGCGAUACCGUACUCUGGGCAAACACACGUCUGCUCCAUACGCGUGACGCAUUCCGAAACGCAACGAACGCUAGCCGUACACUCACUGGUUGCUACUUUGCCUGGGACAUCGUGAAAUCCAGAGUACGAUUCCUACGAAGAAAAUUGGCGCUUCCGAGCGCACAACCGUCAGCAUGA